AUGGAAACCAAGAGUAAAGACUCGGCUACAGCCAGAGUAUCUGACCUUCCUCUUUCAGACAAAGGAUAUGUCAUUCAAGAAAAACCUAUCUCCCUGACAGAGUCAAAAAGAGAGCUACAAACAGACGCAGGAUACACAUUGACCAAGCUAUCACAAGAUGAAAUACUAGUUGAAUUCUCAGAUCAAUCCACCGUGAACCCUCCAAAUUGGACUUCUAGAAAAAAACUGUACAACGCCGUCGUGGCAUUGUUCGUGGUAGUCAAUAGCGGUAUAUCAACAGCCCUUCCCAGCAAUGCCGUACCAUUCAUAAUGCAAGAAUUCGACCAAUCCGGCAACGCACUCAAAAAUUUACCAACCGCAUUAUUUCUAGUUGGGUAUAUGACCGGAUCCAUGGUGUUUAGCACAAUGAGUGAAACCAUUGGACGCAAGCCUGUUCUGUUAGGCACAUUCACGGUUUUUGUAUUGGCAACGCUGGCAUGCGCCUUUACCCCGAGUUGGGGAUUAUUCCUGGCUUCUAGGAUGAUAUGUGGUGUGGCUGGGGUUGCGUCGCAGACUGUUGUGGGUGGGUUGUAUGCGGAUAUGUUUUUUGAUGAGCGGACUCGAGGCCGUGCGAUGGUUUCGUAUAUGUCGGCUGCUAGUUUUGGCCCAAUCCUAGGACCGAUUAUUUCCGGAUGCUCUGUUCAAUAUGGUUGGAGAUGGACGUUUCGAAUUGAUUUGAUCUUGACGGGCACCACUUGGUUAGCUCUGUUGUUCACAUCCGAAACCUUCGGACCAGCCCUCUUGAAACAACAAGCGUCAAAACUCAGAAAGAAAUGGAGAAGCAAUCGAUACUUCUCUCGAGCAGAAUUGCGCUCUGACUCGACGUUCAGCACAACACAACUCAUCAUCCGACCCAUUACGAUGCUUAUUUUUGAACCUAUCAUUCUUUCGACUACAGUAUACAUUUCUCUUGCGUAUAGUCUGGUGUUCUUCUACUUUCAGGCAUAUCCCAUCAUUUUUGAGGGAAUCUUUGGCUUUGACGUCAAGUCAGCAUCUCUCACAUAUAUUCCAAUCGGCAUUGGCGCCUCCUCCUCCGGCCUCGUAACACUCUGCUAUGACAUGUACUACGAGAAAAACAAAAAACUCAGCAAAUCCUGGACCUCCAGCCCCGAACUGCACCGUCUCCCCUUAUCAUGCAUCUCCGGCCCUUGUCUCACAAUCAGCAUUUUCUGGCUCGCCUGGACCGCCAAGUCAAACAUUCAUUGGAUUGUACCCGUUGCCUCAGGCUUUGUGUUCGGGUUCGGAUAUCAAAUCAUCUUCACCUCACUGUUGACAUAUGUCACCGAUGCAUACAAAACAUACUCUGCGAGUGCCCUGGCAGCUUCGGUCAUUGUGAGAAGUAUUGCCGGCGCAUUUUUACCCUUUACCACAGCUCCGCUGUAUGACUCGUUGGGACCUUCGUGGGGGACUUCUGUGCUGGGGUUUGUCAGUUUGGCGUGCAUCCCGAUUCCGUUUGCGUUGCUGUAUUAUGGGGCUGAGAUUCGGAAGAAUAGCCCGUUUUGUCAGAAGCUUGUUGCUGAUGAGGAGAGGGAGAAUGCAGGUGCGCAGCAAGUUUGA